AUGGCGUCAGGAAUCCUGGUGAACAUAAAGGAGGAGGUGAUCUGCCCCGUCUGCCUGGAGCUCCUGACAGAACCCCUGAGCCUACCCUGUGGCCACAGCUUCUGCCAAGCCUGCAUCACCGCAAACCACCAAGAGUCCAUGAUUGGCCAACAAGGAGGCAGUAGCUGCCCUGUGUGCCAAAUCACUUACUGGCCUGGGAACAUGCGACACAAUUGGCAUAUGGCCAACAUAGUGGAGAGACUCAGGGAGGUCAAGUUGAGCCCAGAGGAGGAGCAGAAGAGAGAUCUCUGUGUGCACCAUAAAGAGAAACUCCUGCUCUCUUGUAAGGAGGAUGGGAAGGUCAUUUGCUGCCUGUGUGAGCAUUCUCAGGAGCACCAUGGUCACCACAUAUUCCUUAUAGAGAAUAUUGCACACCAAUAUCAGGAGAAGCUCCAGGCAGCUCUGGAGAGGCUGAGUUUGGAGCAGCAUGAAGCUGAGAAGAUGGAGACUGACGUUAGAGAGGAAAGUACUUCCUGGAAGAAUCUAUUACAAAAUGAGACCUACGUGUCCAGGCAGUUGAAACAAAUGAGAGGUAUCUUGGACAGUGAGGAGCAGAGGGAGCUGCUAAAGCUGAAGAAUGGGGCAGGAGAUAUUCUUCAUAACUUGGCUGAGGCUGAGAGUGAGCUGGUCCAGUAGAGCCAGUUGGUGAGAGCUCUUAUCUCAGAUGUGGAGCAUCGGUUACAGGGGUCAACAAUGGAGAUGUUGCAGGAUGUAAAUGACAUCAUGAAAAGGAGUGAGACUUGGAGCUUGAAAAGGCCAGAAAUGGUUUCCCAGAAACUGAAGAGUGCAUUUGGAGUUUCAGAUCUGAGCCAGAUGCUACAAGUGUCUAAAGAGCUCACAGAGGUCCAACGCUACUGGGUGGACGUGAUGCCGAAUCCAGUCUACACUGUCUCAAAUAUUGUUGUAUCUGCGGAUCAGAGACAAGUGAGAGUUAUGCAGCUUGCUGCAUCUAAGAAUACAGAGUCAUGUGAUUUUUCUGAUUUUGAUGUCCUGGGCCACCAAUGUUUCUUCUCAGGGAAAUACUACUGGGAAGUAGAUGUGUCUGGGAAGAUUGCCUGGAUCCUGGGGAUAUGCAGUAAGGAAAGUUACUUCAAUAGGAAAUACUUCGAUUGGCUUAUUUUAUCCCCAAAUGUAAAUCAAAGAAAUGUUUACUCCAGAUACAGACCUCAGUACGGCUACUGGGUUAUAGGGUUUCAGAACGGAUCUGAGUACAAUGCCUUUGAAGACUCCUUUACCUGUAGUCCAAAAGUCUUGAGUCUUCCCAUGGCUGUUACUCCCUGUCGUAUCGGAGUUUUCCUAGACUGUGAAGCUUGCACUGUAUCAUUUUUCAAUGUCACAAACUGUGGGUCACUCAUCUACAAGUUCUCUAAAUGUCGCUUUUCUCAGACUGUUUAUCCAUAUUUUAAUCUUUGGAACUGUCCAGGCCCCAUCACUCUGUGCCCACCAAGCUCACAGGAUUCAACCCAGCUGCAUAACAAGGGCCUCUCCACACCUCCUGCAUCACCCCCUUGGGAUGGCUUACCUACAUUGCUCACCACUGAGGAACCUCUCCUAGACGAGGGAGCAGCUGUGAUGGCUUCAGGAAUCCUGGUGAACAUAAAGGAGGAGGUGACCGCACUCUGCCUGCAGCUCCUGACAGAACCCCUGAGCCUAGACUGUGGCCACAGCUUCUGCCAAGCCUGCAUCACUGCAAACCACAAGGAGUCCAAGAUCAACCAGCAAGGAGAGAGCAGCUGCCCUGUGUGCAGAAUCACCUACCAGGUUGGGAACCUGUGACAUAAUCAGCAUGUGGACUACAUAGUGGAGCUCAGGGAGGCCAAGUUGAGCCCAGAGGAGGAGCAGAAGAGAGAUCUCUGUCUGCACCAUGAAGAGAAACUCCUGCUCUUCUGUAAAGAGGAUGGGAAGGUCAUUUACUUGCUUUGCAAGUGGUUUCAGGAGCAUCAUGGUUACCACACAUUCCUCAUGGAUAAGACUGCCCAGGAGUCCCAGGAGAAGCUCCAGGCAGCUCUGGAGAGGCUGAGAAAGGAGCAGCAGGAAGCUGAGAAGUUGGAAGCCGAUGUCAGAGAAAAGAGAAUUUCCUGGAAGAAUCAAAUACAAAAUGAGGCACAACGUGUCCAGGCAGAGUUUAAUCAAACGAGAGGUGUCCUGGACUGUGAGGAGCAGAAGGAGCUGCUAAACCUGAAGAAUAAGGAAGCAGAUCGUCUACACAACCCGGCUGAUGCUGAGAAUGAUCUGGUCCAGCAAAGCCAGUUGGUGAGAGCUCUCAUUUCAGAUGUUGAGCAUCCAUUGCAGGGGUCAACGAUGGAGAUGUUACACGAUGAGAAUGGCAUCUUGGAAAAGUAUGUGAUGGGGACCAGAGAUGGUCCUUCUGUGCUGCGAAAAGAGGUUGAAAGCUAUUAG